GGGAUCUUUUGUGAGGAGGGCCGGUGAACCUCACACAGAGAUCAGCAGCAGUCUGUGGAGGAAUCGCGCUGUUUUCGUGGCCUGUACUUCCGUCAUUUUACAUCUUACUGGAUAAACAUAGUGGGGGGGAUUUUUGUGGGUUGCUCGUAUGUAGUGAGCCCAGUUUGAAUGAGCGGUUGUGUGUUUGUUCCUGAAGCUGGUAAACUAGUUUUCGAGCGGAGAGCUGCUGCUGCUGCUGGAUCUCACCCUUCUGAAAUAAGCAGACGUCAGACCUCGCCCGCCCGCCGCUGUGUUAACAUUUUAACGCAAUCUAAUCACCGUAUAGUUUGCGGGUCCAGACUGCUGCGCUCAGUAUGUAGCAGAAUUAACGGCAUCCUGUUGGUAGCUGUUAGACGAUUAUCGGCUUUUUUAGUUUUAAACACCGUGCCUUGGCGGAAAGGAGAGGAUUCGUUUUAUUUAAGGUAGCAUGACAGGAUCCAGCUCCGUCGAGCUAACUAGCUAACCGGCUAACGUUAGCGCAAUGCUUAGCUAGCUUUGUGUUAUUGCAAUGGAGAGAGUUAGUAAUUUUUUGCAACGUGUAAAAACUAUGCAUUUUUUGACAUGACACUGGAAGUAAGCUGUGUUUGAAAUGUGUAAAGUUUGUGAGAUAGCUAACUGCCUGUAUGGGCUAUGACAACAUAGACCAAUGCUAACAUUAGCAUGCUAACAGCAGCUUUAUCGUACACACUAUUGUUAGACAGCCGGGAAAAUGGUAAUAAAAAACACAAUAUAAAGACUCAUAGAAUAUUUAUAACAUCUUACCUUGAAAGGAACUCAGUGUAUGUAUAAGAGGCAAGCCAUAGAGUACAGCUUUGUAAAUUGGAGGCUAGCUCAGUCAUUGUAUUACUAUUAAUCAAAUACACUGUGUUGAAUUUCCUCUUCUACUCUUAUGUUUUCAAAGCAAACAUUUUUAAUGCUACUAAAUCUUUUUAUUUGGCGCUUUUGUAGCCAUAGUUGCAAAGGCCAACCAGUGAGAUAGUAGUAUAGAUUUUAAUUUACAUUUCCAGCUGUUAACGACCUGAAAUGUUCAUGUUUCUUGAUGUUUCACAGGUUUAAUAACGAUGAAUGAGCAGGAGAGUGGAGUGGUCUCCUUUGAUGAGUAUGUGCGACAGAAGGCCCGCACUGUUCCUCAGCACAGGAUGAAGGAGUUCCUGGAGUCUCUUGCCAAGGGCCCAGAGGUGCUGCAGGAGUUCAGCCAGCAGGGAGGUGCGGCCACCACCACAACCACCACCACAGCUAUGGUGUACCAGCAUCAGGGUGCCAACUGUAUCUACACAGACAGCACAGAGGUGGCAGGCUCCCUGUUGGAGCUGGCUUGUCCGGUAACUAUAAUUUCAUGUUUUUGUUAUAGCAUUUAAAGGGAUAUUCUGGUGUAAAAUUAAUUUAGGGUCAAACACAGCGUAACUCCAAGUUAGACACCCGAAAGAUCAAUGUUGCAGACCGCUUGCAACACAGAAAGCCACGCGCUCAACCAAAAAGCCACUCUAUAGCCACAAAUAAUGCUCAGAACAGCACUUAACUUCAUCAACAGGACAUAUAGGGUCCCAGCCAUAGCACUAGCCACCAAACAUCUUUUGAACUUCGCCUGAUUUCUUUAGCAAAGACACUAAACACAACUCACCUACUCUCUUCCAGCAGCAGCUUGUUUGUAGUGAGACCUCAGGCCAGUCCAUGACGGACUGCAGCGGGGUGACGCAGCUCAAGGAAGAACAUUUAUGAUAAUUUUUUUAUCAUUUCCUUGAAGUAACUAUCACUAUAUUGAUUAUUCUGUACUUCAGACGCGGUAGUUCUUCUGCCUUAGCGUCUCAGGCUGAUUGCAUUUCCACACAGAAAUUAUCAUAAAUGUUCUUCCUUGAGCUGCGUCACCCCACUGCAGUCGAUGAUUUCGCCUGGAGGUCUCUGUAAAAACAAGCGGCUGGAAGAGAGAAGGUGAGUUGUUUUGAGUCUCUUUGCUAAAGAAAUCAGGCAAAGUUAAAAAGAUGUUUGGUGGCUAGUACUAUGACUGGGACCCUAUAUGUCCUGUUGAUGAAGUUAGGUGCUGUUCUGAGCAUUAUUUGUGGCUAUAGAGUGGCGUUUCAGUUGAGCAUGUGGCUCCCUGUAUUGCUAUCUGCGGUCGUUACUAAAGUUGCAAGCAGCUGGCAACAUUCAUCUCUCGACGGGGUGUUUAACUCGGUGUCACGGUGUGUUUGACCCUAACUUAAUUUUACACCGGAUUAUCCCUUUAAUGUUGAGUGAUAUUUUUAAUACCACCAAGUAGGCCACCCUUUAUAACUGCACGUUUUUGUUUUAUGUUUUUUUUUCUUUCUGCAUGUGCAGGUCACCUCAGCAGAGAUUUCUCCACAUCUGUCUGUACAUCAAGAGUCUGAGCAGCAGCUUCAAGUGCAGGUGAGUUUUUAAGCCAGUUUCAGUCUCUGUUAUUAUAACAUACUUGUGUAUUUCUGAAGACUGAUGGAGCUUACAAGUUCCAGAAAUGGAUUCAUUUCUCAGUGAUGAGAGGAAAACCAAUGAGAAGGUAGUCAAGCCAUGGAAUAAAGGAGCACCCACCCUCUGUUGAGAAAAAGGUUCUAUGAAAGAUUUAUGCCAAACCAAAACUACUGCAAAUAUUUAUGUAUGAUUAAUCACAUAGUAUGAGUGUGUUGUGUUCCUGAUGUGAAUUUUUUUGUUGAUUAAAACUUCAAUUUUAAAAGCUUAGAUACAUGUAUAUUUAUGCUGUAUUUCUUACACUAUAGGUCUCCAUACAGACCGUUAGUUGUGAGGAGGCUGGAUCAUUUUCUAGUACCCCCAUUCUGCUGCUGAACUUGUGUUUGUCACUGUCUUUAAGUACCUAGACAUGAAUGAACUCCUCUACUGACAGUCCUAAAGAGGAGACUAUUUGACUGCUGUGACUUUUCACAUUUCUCCAGGAAUGCCAGGAAGAGAUGUUUUCUUUGGCAAAAGUCCCUGAAACACUAAAACAUGAAAUCUGUUCAACUUUCAAGUAUUAAUUUUUCUUUCUUUCUAAUGUGCCAGGUGCAGAUUCAGGAACAGCAGGGUCAAGCAGUAAGCCAGGUUCUCCAGGUGGCUUCUCCAUCUCAGCAGGACCUGCAAGGAAUAACAGCAGCUCAUCUUGUUCAGCAGGGAGAGCUCACAGAGGAGCAACAGCAGCAGGUACGCUAGUAGAGCCAUCAAAACGAUCUCUGAAUAUGAAGCUCAUCCAAAUGCUGUAUUGUCACUGUGUUGGUUGUACUUCACAGCUUCAGGCCCAGCUGGUUGCAGCUGUAGCAGGGGGACAACAAAUCCACCUGUCAAGUGGCCAACAAAUCCAGCAUAUUCAGUUGCCAGGGGGCCAGCAAAUUCAGAUUCAAGCUGGUCAACAGAUUCAGCUACAGGAUGGCCAGCAUAUCACACUGCAGGAUGGCCAGCAAAUUCACUUACAAGGAGGCCAGCAAAUUCAACUACAAGAUGGCCAACAAAUUCAGCUACCAGGGGGCCAACAGAUUCAGAUCCAGACCAUAGAGGCCAUGUCCCCCUCGCAGCAGCAGGACUCUCCCCGGGAGGCAGAAAGGAGGACUGCUACGGUCUCAACUGUUCUCCAACCUGCGAAGAAGCGUAAGGUGGAUGUUCCUGUAGCUGUGUCGUAUGCUGUACCACAAGGCCAACAGGUGGCUACAGUUCUAGCUAUCCCUCAGGGUCAGCAGCAGAGCUAUGUUUCCCUUCGACCAGAUUUACUCACCGUCGAUAGCGCUCAACUGUACAGCACUACGGGAACAAUCACAGGCCCUACAGGUGAGACCUGGACCAUCCCUGUGUACUCCACUCCUCAGCAGCAGGGUGUGACUCACAUCGCAAUUCCACAGGAGACUUAUAACACUGUACAAGUUGCCACCACCAACGGUAAGGACAAAGUGACGUCCACUUCUUCAUUAAGGUCUGUGGACGGGCAGUCGGUCACCACAGGGACACAGGAAGAAAUCGUGCAGACCUUGUUCCCAGCGCAGUUCAUGAAUGGAAAUAUUCACAUCCCUGUGGCAGUGCAGACAGUGGGAGGGACGUACAACACAACACAGUCUGUACACAUAUGGGACCCAAGUCAACAGCAGGGACAAGUAGAAGAGGGACAAGAACAGCAGCUCCAUCUGCAGGUAUGACUCAGUUCAUCCUUUUACUGGACUUAGAAGACCGGAACUGAACUUAUCUUGUUCUUUGUACCUGUAUUUUCAUCAUUUAGUGUUUUAAUAAUCCACAUUGAUGCUGAAUAGAUUUGUGUUUUUUGGUACGGUAAAUAUUAAAAUACUCUGGCAUGUAUGAAAUGAAUCACAUUUACCCAGUUUGAAUUUUAUUUAGAUAUAUUACUAUGAGGUUUUCAAAAAAGUCAUUUUUCUGACUGCUCUCUCAGAAUACGAACUCGGAUACUUUGUGUGUGUAUAUCUCUAUAUGUAUAUAUUUAUUUAUUUUGUGGAAUGUUUUACAGGGUCACAUAGAGACAGAGGCCAAUGCUGAGCCACCCACAGAGAUUCUAGUUCCUGUCUGUCUGAAGCCGGAGGAAGGCCUGGAGAUCUGGCGCCUUUGGGCAAAGCGAAAAAACGUGGAGCUGAACAAGCAGGAAAAGACAAAGCUUGCACCCAUCGGACGUAAGUCAUAAAUUGAAUGCUAAACUCCAUUAGAAGUUUAGCAAACAACCCUAGAGUGUAUCAUGUUAAGCAACAGAAGCCUGUUUUGUUGGCUGUUGAGGUGACUUAUCUUCUGCUUUAAAUUAAGAAACAAGAAAACACAGUGGCAGAUAGAAACGUUUCUAAUCCUCCUCUGUCUGGUUCCAGGGCGUCAGCCGCUGCGUUUUCAGGAGGACCUAGUGUCCAGUGCUGUAGCUGAGCUAAACUUGGCUCUUUGUCUGAUGACUCAAGAGGCUCGAGGAGAAGACAACGAAGAGUUUGCCUCCGAUGUCCUGUAUUAUAUUUUCUUGUGUAUACAAAAGGUGAGUUUCAUCAUGGGUCGUCUGAAUAUCCUCCACAGGGUUCUUUUAGAUUUUACUCACUGUGUCGAUUUCUUCCUGUAGUAUCUCUUUGAAAAUGGCCGCGUGGAUGACAUUUUCUCUGAUCCAUAUUACACACGUUUUGGUGGGUGUUUACACAAAAUCCUGGAAGGCUGGAAGCCAAGUGUCCAUCCAUUAGGUAAACAGACAAUAACCGUUUACUAUUUUAAUAAAGUACUUCACAGACAGAAAUACUCACACUUUUUUUCAUCUUAGGUUAUGUCAUUCCAAGUCAUGUCACUGAAGAGAUGCUCUGGGAGUGUAAGCAGCUCGGUGCACAUUCACCUGCCACAUUGCUGACAACUCUAAUGUACUUCAACACUAAGUGAGUAACUGCCUUUUGUAUAGUGAUACAAAUAUGUGAUUGGGAUGAAGUACUAAGUGUAAAAAUGGUCUUUUUCACAGGCAUUUCCACCUGGUUACACCUGAACAGCACCUGAAAGUAGCUUUCUCAAAGGUCCUACGACACACAAGGAAGAACCCUGCUAACACCAAGGACAAAGCCACCAGUAUUCGCCUUCUGAAAGUACAGGGAGCUCACAGCGCGGGGCAGAAAGGUGACACACUCUUCUUAGCCUCAUAUUUAAGUUUGGAUGUGGUUCCAUGUAAUUUUUACAGUUGACAUCACUGAUGUUUUUGUGACGUCUGUUUUAGGACCUGAUGAAAUGUUUGAAGAGCAGACUGAAGAUCCAGAGAAUCCUCUCCGCUGCCCGAUAAAGCUGUAUGACUUUUACCUCUUCAAAUGGUGAGUUAUGCACCAUCACACUGCACAAAAUUAAAGCCAAAAUACCUCUGCAAGCACCCCUUAUAUCUUUAACUGUUUACGUCCUCAUUAUGGAGUCUGUGUCAGGGGCAGAUGGUCUGUAAAGCUCUGCACAAUCUUCAUCUGGAGACAUCUGGACUGCAGACAGUACAUGACUUUUUUUUUGGUUAUACUGUAUGUAGCGGCAUUUUUGCGAUUCCCGUUGUCCGCCGCGAAAUUUGCCUCACAAACGGAUCUGGUAAGAAUUGGCGGACAGUGAAAAUUGUUGCCGUUCCUUAUCAGAGCCGUUUCGGAUACGGUGGAAAUUCGGGGUAACUAGACAGCAACCAGUCAAAAGAGGAAGUUUGAAAUGUUGUGCUUUCCCUUUCGUGUAACUCAUUCUCCAAAUAUCUUUCUGUCUUGAUCUCCAGCCCUCAAAGCGUUAAGGGACGAAACGACGCUUACUACAUGACUCCAGAGCCUGUGGUUGCGCCUAACAGCCCAAUGUGGUACUCAACUCAGCCUCUCAGCAGUGAGCAGGUGGAGCACAUGCUGGCCCGCAUCAUCGUGGUGCGGGAAAUCCAGGAGAUUGUCAACACGAGCCAGUGAGCCUAACUGAGCUCAUGGGAUCUAGUCCUUUGGUCACUGACCGGUGGACAUGCAGUAUCCAUCCUGUCUCUAUAGACCUCAACGAGCAUUUAUCAGAUGGAACAACACUCUAAACAAUCACCCUCUGUUUUACGGCAGCAAAGAUUUUUUUUUUUCUCUCACUUUUUGUUUCCAGCUGAUGGGAGGGACUGUACUUUCUCAAACUCCUCUUUAAGCCAUUGCCUCUGUAACCUUUGAACUGGCAUGUAAGGAAAACUCGACCUCUGUUGAACUAUGAUUUUUUUUUUUCCCCCCUGUGAGAGUCGGUCUUAUCAGUAUGAUAUGAGGAUAUUUAACCCUCAAUACUUAACCUCACAGACCAUUAACCACCUUACUUCUCGAGUCCCUCUAUGACACAUUACACCCUACUGGACAGUUACAGGGGACCACCGCUUAUACUUGUUUUGUAUACCAACUGCAUUUUGGAACAUGUAUUGAUAAGUUCAAAGCUGAAAAUUUUGUGCCUGUUUUCAAAAAUAACAUCAUAAUUUAUGCUUGUGGAUUACUGUGUGAGUUUGAACCUCCAGAUAUUCACAAGGUCAAGUGCUCUAUCGUAGUGAUUCAGGAGAUCAGAAACAUUUUCUCAGGUGUAAGCUAGUGACUGAAAGCCCCACCGAGGGUUUAUUUGCCAACCGUUUCAUGUAUGUAUGUAUUGUCCAUCAUUAAAAGGGACAUGCAGACACCUUGGUCUAGCUGACACAGUUUUAUAAUUGUUUCAACAAAGCGCUGUGUCAUACUUGCAAGUCCUGUAAUGUCGACAUAUAGGCCUUAACAGCAGGACUUGUCAUAGGGAGACCAUUCAAAGCCUUGUGGUACCUCUCAUGAAUUACACUUAAAUUUAGAAGAACAGUGCUAAGUGCUUAACAGGGCCCAGAGUUUGGUGAAGGUUCAUUACUGUCUGCUGUCUUCUGUAUUCUAAUGCAGGGGAAACCAUAAAACUACCCAUGUAGGUGACUGCUGAUUUUCUGAAAGGCUGCAAACAUUAAAAUGUGUAUUUGACAAAUGA